GCCUGUGACGUCAACAUGGGGCGCCGCAAAUGCGGGCUACGUAGCGGUCGGGGAAGUAGCCCCAGCGGCGCCUGGGCUCGGCUGCCGGGCGAAGGUGGCAGAAGUCCUGGGCCCAGGGCGAGGCAGCACGGGCCUCCAGGAAGAUGCUACCAAGUACUUCAGUGGGUUCUUCAAUGCAAGGGAAUGGAGUCUUGAAUUCCAGGGAUGCAGCGAGACACACAGCUGGAGCAAAACGCUACAAGUACCUCAGAAGGCUUUUUCGAUUCCGGCAGAUGGACUUUGAGUUUGCCGCAUGGCAGAUGCUCUACCUAUUCACUUCCCCACAGAGGGUUUAUAGAAACUUCCAUUAUCGGAAGCAAACAAAGGAUCAGUGGGCCAGAGAUGACCCUGCUUUCUUGGUCCUCUUAAGUGUCUGGCUCUGUGUGUCCACCAUAGGAUUUGGUUUUGUGCUUGACAUGGGAUUUUUUGAGACAAUAAAGCUGCUCCUGUGGGUUGUAUUCAUAGAUUGUGUAGGUGUUGGCCUUCUGAUAUCAACUUUAAUGUGGUUCAUCUCCAACAAGUAUCUAGUGAAACGCCAGAGCAGAGACUAUGAUGUGGAGUGGGGGUAUGCCUUUGAUGUACAUCUGAAUGCAUUUUAUCCGCUCCUAGUCAUUUUGCAUUUUAUCCAGCUCUUUUUCAUCAACCAUGUUAUCCUCACAGAUACAUUUAUUGGAUAUUUAGUUGGAAAUACCUUAUGGUUGAUUGCGGUUGGCUAUUACAUCUAUGUAACCUUUCUGGGAUACAGUGCACUGCCGUUUUUGAAAAGCACAGUAAUCCUGCUCUACCCAUUCGCUCCUCUGGUCGUGCUGUAUGGACUGUCGCUGGCCCUGGGCUGGAACUUUACCCACACACUGUGUUCCUUCUACAAGUACAGAGUGAAGUGAGAAGUGACCGCAGCAGUGGAGCGCAACUGUCAGGUGUUGGGGAAGGGACAAGUUCCUGUAAAGUCUGUAAAUUCUUUGUAGAUACCAAGUUUACAAAUUUGAGGUGAUACUAACACUGUUGUCUAGACCAUUCCUUAAAACUAAUUAAAUGUACAUUUCUAAUAAAUAUUUUUAAACUAAA